AGUUGGGCAUCGAACUAUAUCAAACGACCUAUAUGAAAUCCUGGCAAGCACCUACUUUAUGCUGAUACCUUCAUGAGCUGUUGUGCUCUCGCCGCUCACCUAAGUCGCCGCUGGACCAAACGCGGUGUAAAUCACUGGGACGACUUUUCGUACUGCGUAUCUCUGGACUCGCAAAGGCCAUGCUCUGAGGACAGCGACGCAGAUUUGUAGGAAACGCCGAAAAGGGCUCACCGGAGAAGGCAAUACCACUGUGACCACCAGGUCUGCAGGCCUAAGCACAGUACCUGGACUAUUCAAACUACGCAAACAGCUCCGCCUGCUCUUGCUAAUCAGAGAGGCAUUUUCACAAUGAGCGAGAAGAACGAAUAUCAACCUCCGCCUGGUCCUCCCCCAAGCUAUAGGAGGACACAAUCAGGAUAUGAAGGGCUCAAUCAGCAGUCGCAAACGCAGCAGCAGCAGCAGCAACGAGAUGGCAUCAGUCAAGCGCAGCGAUCUUCUUGGAGCAUCGGCGGAGGGCCCAGCAAUCAGACGCUUGCGUCCAACAAUCCCUAUAACAACGCGCAUCUACACGUGCCUCCCACGCAACGCCCGUCUACGGUGAACGUCCCACCUACCUCUGAGCAGUUCCAACCACCUCCGGGGCCCCCACCUGGACACCAAGGAUAUCAAGGACAUCAAAAUCGCGAGAAAAGCCAAGAUGUGGACACCCCGAUGUCAGAUGAUCAAUACGAGCCGCCUCAAGGUCCUCCGCCAAGUCACAGUUCGAGAGGGCCACCUUCGAGUAGUGCGACACCCAAUUUGCCAACACCAAGUAGCGAACCAGAUCAGCCUCCGCCUGAAUACGAUCCUUGGACCGGUCCUGACAACAGCUUGCAGCUUCCGCCCUCAUUCGCCGCAGCCAACGCGCAGAAUACACGCAGUCCUACGACCAACGCCGACUACGAUGAUGCUGCACGCGCACAUGCCUGGUGUAGAAGUCACCCUCUGUGGCCCGCACAAGACUACGAUGGCAGUGUCAUAGAGCGAAUACAAUCUGGAGACCUGCGACUCACUUGCCCACCAAAUACGACAGAUGUCACACAGUAUAAUCCGUCCAUGGGCCGCAGCUAUGUUCGCACUUCGGAAGGAAUAAGCGACACUAUUAUGCUAUCGGAUGUUCCAAUCUACUCGGCCAACAGACAAUCACCGCUCAGUACUGGACAGCCGCAUACCCUCUAUUUCGAACUGAAAGUCAUGGCCAUGGGAGAUCGUUAUGGUACUGGCAAGAACGUCGAAUCCGGUAUCGCAAUAGGCUUCGCUGCUGCACCGUAUCCUGCCUGGCGUCUUCCCGGCUGGCACCGAGGAUCUCUCGGUGUUCACGGCGACGACGGAAGAAGGUACAUCGACAAUAGCUACGGAGGCAUUGAAUUCACCGGACCUUUCAAGAAAGAUGACGUGGUUGGUAUCGGCAUGACUUUCAAGCCCCCUGUGCACGGAGACCGUGUGAGCAUGAGGUGCGAUGUCUUCUUCACGAGGAAUGGAAAGCGAGAGAAUGGAUGGGAUCUCCACGAGGAACGCCCAAUCGACAACGAUGCGGGCGAUAUCAUUGGUCUCGAGGGCGAACAUGAUCUUCUUGCAGCUGUUGGCGUUUUUGGAAGUGUCGAAUUUGAAGCUGUCUUCCGGAGUGAAGAAUGGCUGUUCAAGGGCUAAAUUGUUCGUUGAUCAGAAGUAUGCUGUCGAACAUCGGCAUAUCGUGGCUAACGAACAGAUACUUGAUGGCAAGGCUGAGCCGGUUUGCAUGGGAUACUAAGUCUUAAGCUAGUAGAUUUGUACUCUACCUGCUCUGAUACUGACGCGUGAAUUUCAAUUCACGCUUUCCAAUUCGUUUUCGACUCAGCUCAUCAUGUCACAUUGCGCGUGCCAGAUUCCAAGCCUCGCGGCUAGCCUGACAUGAACAUGUCAUGAGAUGCCUUCGAACGCGUUCGUACGUCGUUCUGCAACAUGGGCACCUUCACGAGUUUGAGCUUCAUGCUCUUGCGUACUGCUUUUUGCUUGUCCUUCCUUCGCGAUUAGCCCCGCGUCUGUCACACUUGUAGUCUGUGCAACCGCUGCAGGAAGCGGCAAGCCACUACGUUGCGCU